AUGUUUGGAGGAUAUCUGGAUGGAUGGACAUGGACGAACGGUGGAGCGCGAACGAAGGGAGUAAGGCAGUUGCAAGAGAGCGUACAUAAUUUCGAGAAGCAUUUUCUCAGUGGGUGGGGAUGGUGCGCUUCCCCUUCUUUGCACAGAGACAGACCUCUGUCUUGGGAUAUAUUUGUGUUAGUGUCUUGUGGCUCAGCCGGGCGUUUUUACGAAAUUGGCAAAGCUUUGAAGGACAAUCCGAAUUUGGUUUAUCAUCCACAGCGAAAGAAAUUAUCCAAGAUCCUGAUGAAAACGGAGCCACCAAAUAUGACUUUUGAUACUGCACCGAGUACACCACUCAGUAAUGAAAGUGCAACACCAGUGGCAUUUGCUGCGUCAUCAACAGCGAAAAUCAAUGGAUGCGUCAACGGUAAUGUUGUAUAUGCUCAAGUUCCGGCGCAGACGCUCACCUCAGCUCCUCCAGGAACAGUUAUACUAGCACAAGCAGUUAAUGUACGGACACCACAACACCUAUCUCAACGAAAUCAGCAAACAGGGCAGUCGGUGCAGCAAAACAAUUCGCACCAAAAUUUAUCGGCUACUAUGCAUCAAAUGUUAGAGCUUUAUUAUACGUCCCUUUGUGAACCAGCUUUCCCUGAACCAGGCGAGAAGAGUACUCUGGCAUCGCCGCAGCAUUACUUGGAUCAAUAUCAUAUGUUGCACCAUCAAGCUGUAACUAAACAGCAACAGCACGGCAACCCGUCGUUACCACAGUCAGCGAACUGA